AUGCCGUGUGAAACUGGGGACAUGGGAGGACCAGGUUUAUUUCCUGCCAUUCUCAAUCUUGCCAGCAAUGCUCACAUCAGCACCAAUGCUACCUGUGGAGAGAAGGGGCCAGAGAUGUUCUGUAAGCUCGUGGAGCAUGUGCCUGGUCGACCUAUACGAAAUGCCCAAUGCCGGAUUUGUGAUGGCAAUAGUGCAAACCCCAAAGAACGCCAUCCGAUAUCAAGUGCAAUAGAUGGUACUAAUAACUGGUGGCAAAGUCCCAGUAUUCAGAAUGGGAGAGAAUAUCACUGGGUCACAAUCACCCUGGACUUAAGACAGGUCUUCCAAGUUGCAUAUGUCAUCAUUAAAGCUGCCAAUGCACCCCGACCUGGAAACUGGAUUUUGGAGCGUUCUCUGGAUGGUACCACAUUCAGCCCCUGGCAGUAUUAUGCAGUUAGUGACACAGAGUGUUUGACGCGGUAUAAUAUAACUCCAAGACGUGGGCCGCCCACCUACAGGGCGGAUGAUGAAGUGAUCUGCACCUCAUACUAUUCUAGACUGGUUCCACUUGAGCAUGGAGAGAUUCAUACAUCACUAAUCAAUGGCAGACCAAGUGCAGAUGAUCUUUCCCCCAAGUUGUUGGAAUUUACCUCUGCAAGAUACAUCCGCCUUCGCUUACAGCGCAUUAGGACACUCAAUGCAGAUCUCAUGACUCUUAGUCGAAGAGACCCUAAGGACCUUGAUCCUAUUGUUACAAGACGAUAUUACUACUCAAUAAAAGACAUUUCUGUUGGUGGGAUGUGUAUUUGCUAUGGACAUGCUAGUAGCUGCCCAUUGGAUGAAACUACAAAGAAACUACAGUGUCAAUGUGAACAUAAUACCUGUGGUGAGAAUUGUGACAGGUGCUGUCCUGGGUACCACCAGCAGCCAUGGAGACCUGGAACCGUUUCAUCUGGAAACACCUGUGAAGAAUGUAAUUGUCACAAUAAAGCCACGGACUGUUAUUAUGAUGAAAAUGUUGCGAAUCAGAAGAGAAGUUUGGAUACUGCUGGACAGUUCAGAGGAGGAGGGGUUUGCAUAAAUUGCUUGCAGAACACCAUGGGAAUCAAUUGUGAAACUUGUAUCGAUGGGUACUACAGACCACACAAAGUUUCUCCUUAUGAGGAUAAGCCUUGCCGUCCCUGCAACUGUGACCCUGUGGGGUCUCUCAGUUCUGUCUGUAUUAAGGAUGAUCUUCAUUCUGACUUACACAAUGGGAAGUGGCCAGGUCAAUGUCCGUGUAAGGAAGGGUAUGCAGGAGAAAGAUGUGAUCGCUGCCAACUUGGCCAUAAGGGUUACCCAAACUGUGUCCGCUGUGACUGCAGUCUGGCUGGCAGUGUGAACAACGACCCGUGCACAGAGCCGUGUCUUUGCAAGAAAAAUGUUGAGGGAAAGAACUGUGAUCGUUGCAAGCCAGGAUCCUAUAACUUGAAGGAAAGCAACCCGCAGGGCUGCUCUGAGUGCUUCUGCUUCGGUGUUUCUGAUGUCUGCGACAGCCUUUCUUGGCCGGUUGGUCAGGUGAAUGACAUGUCUGGGUGGAUGGUCACCGACCUGAUCAGUCCGAGUAAGAUUCAGUCUCAGCAGGAUGUGCUGGGUGGGCACCGUCAGGUCAGCAUCAACAACACAGUGGUCCAGCAUAGGCUGGCCUCCACAUAUUACUGGUCAGCCCCCGAGGCCUACCUCAGAAAUAAGCUGACUGCAUUUGGCGGCUUCCUGAAAUACACGGUGUCUUACGACAUUCCCGUGGAGACUGUGGGCAAUGAUCUCGUGUCUCACGCUGACGUCAUCAUUAAGGGAAAUGGACUUACAUUAAGCACACAGGUUGAGGGCCUGUCGUUGCGACCCUAUGAAAAGUACAUUAAUGUGGUUAGACUUGUGCCUGAAAACUUUCGAGAUUUCAAUAACAGAAAGGAGAUCGAUCGUGACCAGCUGAUGACCGUCCUUGCCAAUGUGAGUCAUCUGUUGAUCAGAGCCAACUACAAUUCUGCAAAAAUGGCUCUUUAUAGGUUGGAUUCUGUCUCUCUGGACACAGCUAGUCCCAAUGCGGUAGACCUGGCAGUUGCCCCUGAUGUGGAGCACUGUGAAUGCCCACAAGGUUACACAGGGACCUCCUGUGAGUCCUGCCUCUCUGGCUAUUACCGCGUGGAUGGCAUACUCUUUGGAGGAAUUUGUCAACCGUGUGAAUGCCACGGCCAUGCAACGGAGUGUGACAUUCACGGUGUUUGCUUUGGGUGUGCACACAACACCACAGGAGACCAUUGUGAGCAGUGCUUGCCUGGCUUCUACGGGGUGCCUUCCCGAGGGACACCUGGGGACUGCCAGCCUUGCGCCUGCCCUCUUGCUGUAGCCUCCAACAACUUCAGCCCCACCUGUCACCUUGAUGAUGAAGGCGAAGUGGUCUGUGACCAGUGUGCUCAGGGAUACUCGGGGACUUGGUGUGAGAGAUGUGCAGAUGGUUACUAUGGAAACCCAGCCGUGCCCGGGGAAUCCUGUGUUCCCUGUGACUGCAGCGGCAAUGUGGACCCCUCAGAGCCUGGGCACUGUGACUCAGUGACUGGGGAGUGCCUGAAGUGCAUAGGGAACACAGACGGUGCCCACUGUGAGAGAUGCGCAGAUGGGUUCUACGGGGACGCCGUGACAGCCAAAAAUUGCCGUGCCUGUCAGUGCCAUGAACAAGGUUCCCUGUCUGCCGUGUGUCAUCAUGAGACUGGACUCUGUGACUGUAGACCGCAUGUGACUGGACAGCAGUGUGACCAGUGCUUGCAUGGCUAUUACGGGUUGGACAGAGGCCUCGGCUGCCUGCCCUGUAACUGCAACACGGCGGGCUCCAUGUCGGAUGACUGCACGGAUGAAGGCCAAUGUCGCUGUGUACCAGGUGUAGCUGGGAAAAGAUGUGACAGGUGUUCACAUGGCUUCUACGGGUACAAGGAUGGUGGCUGUACACCCUGUGACUGCCCUCAUACUCAGAACACUUGUGAUCCAGAGUCGGGAGAAUGCACCUGCCCUCCUCAUACACAGGGUCCGAAGUGCGAAGAGUGUGAGGAAGAGCACUGGGGCCACCACCUGGAGCUGGGCUGCCAGGCCUGCAAUUGUAGCCGUGUGGGAUCGGUCAGUCCUCAAUGCCAUGUGCUCACCGGGGAUUGCCAUUGCAAGUCUGAAUUUGGUGGACGGAGAUGCGAUCAGUGCUCCCUGGGUCACAGAGACUUUCCAGACUGUGUCCCCUGUGACUGUGACCUGAGGGGGACUUUGGCAGACACCUGCGACCUGGAUCGAGGUCUCUGCGAGUGUGCAGAGGAAACUGGAACUUGCUCUUGCAAGGAAAAUGUCUUUGGCCUUCAGUGCAGUGAAUGUCGAGCCGGCACCUUCGCACUCCAGGCAGACAACCCUCUGGGGUGCAGCCCCUGCUUCUGCUUUGGGCUGUCGGGCAUCUGCUCAGAGCUGGAGGGCUACGUGAGGAUCCCAGUGACGCUGGAUUCAGACCAGCCUCUCCUGCGAGUGGUUUCCCAGAGUAACCUGAGAGGCACGGCCGAGGGGGUGUAUUACCAGGCCCCCGAUGUCUUGCUAGAUGCUGUGACUGUCCGGCAGCAUGUUAAGGCAGAGCCGUUUUACUGGCGGCUGCCGAAGAUUUUCCAGGGAGACCAGCUCAUGGCCUACGGUGGCAAACUAAAGUACACCAUCGCCUUCUAUUCCUCUGAUGGCGUCGGCACCUACAAUUUUGAGCCCCAAGUUCUCAUCAAAGGAGGUCGGAUCAGAAAGCAGGUCAUUUACAUGGAUGCACCAGCCCCAGAGAAUGGAGUGAGACAGGAACAAGAAGUGGCAAUGAAAGAGAAUUUUUGGAAAUAUUUUAAUUCUGUUUCUGAAAAACCUGUCACACGCUCGGAUUUUAUGUCCGUUCUUAGCAAUAUUGAGUACAUCCUCAUCAAGGCAUCAUACGGUCAAGGGUUACAGCAAAGCAGAAUCUCAGGUAUUUCACUGGAGGUUGGCAGGAAGGCUGAAGCAUUGCACCCAAAGAGAGAGGUGGCAUCCCUUUUAGAGAACUGUCUCUGUCCUCCUGGUACGGCUGGAUUCUCAUGUCAGGACUGUGCUCCCGGGUUCUACAGAGGGAAACUCCCAGAAGGUGGUGGCAGGGGACCCCGACCUCUGCUUGCCCCUUGUGUGCCCUGUAAUUGCAACAACCACAGUGAUGCUUGUGACCCCGAAACUGGGAAGUGCCUGAACUGCAAUGAUAAUACAGCUGGUGACCACUGCGAUGUGUGUGCUCCCGGCUACUAUGGGAAGGUGACCGGCUCGGCCAACGACUGCUCUCUGUGCACCUGUCCUCACAGCUACCCUAACAGUUUCAGCCCCACAUGUGUCCUGGAAGGUGAUCAUGAUUUCCGUUGUGAUGCCUGUUUGCUGGGCUAUGAAGGUCAAUAUUGUGAAAGGUGCUCUUCCGGCUAUCAUGGGAACCCUCAAACACUGGGUGGCAGUUGUCAGAAGUGUGACUGCAGCCCACAUGGCUCUGUUCACAACAACUGUGACCGCGUAUCUGGGCAGUGUGUCUGCAGGCCAGGAGCCACUGGGCUCCGAUGUGAGGAAUGUGAACCGAGGCACAUCCUGGUGGAAAGUGAUUGUGUUUCUUGCAAUGAUGAGUGCGUAGGUGUGUUGCUGAAUGACUUGGAUUAUGUUGGCGAUGCCCUUGUGUCUAUGAAUGUCACCGGUGUUAUCCCCAUCCCAUAUGGAAUUUUAUCCAACCUGGAAAAUACAACUGAUUAUCUCCGGGAAGCUUUAUUACAAGAAAACUCUCAAAAGGAAAUGGCAAAAAUGCACUGGGAAGGCGUUGUAGAACAAACAGACAACCUGCAAAAAGAGCUCACUAGAAUGGUAACGAGGAGCCAGCAGGUGAAGAGGGAAACUGAGAGGAUCCUCAGUGAGAGCCAGGACCUGGCAACUUCCAUUGAGUGGCUUCAGAUGAACAUCAGAGAAAUGCUUGAAAAGGCAACAACUUUAAAUCAGACGUUGGACAAAGAUUUCCAGUUCCCCAAUUCUACUCUUCAGAAUAUCUGGCAGAAUAUUACAGCUUUGCUGGAAAACAUACAGAAAAGACAUUUCAUGCAGUUGCACCAAAAUGCUGCCCUUGAACUCAAGGCUGCUGAAGACCUAUUGUCACAAAUUCAGAAAAAUUACCAGAAGCCACAGGAAAGAUUAGAGAAAUUAAAAGAAGCAACAGAUGUCCUCCUUUCAAAGCACAGCAGAGAACUUCGGGCAGCAGAAGAUCUUGUGAGAGAAGCAGAGACGAAGAUACAGGAAAUCAAUCGCCUGCUGCCCAUUGUCAACUCUAGCCUGAGAGAAUUCAAUGAUAAAAAGCUGCAUGUCCAAGAAGAACAAAACUUGACCUUGAAACUGAUCGCCAAUGGAAGAAGAUUGAUAGAUGCUGCCAUUGCACUUGAAAAUGCUGCCCCAAAUGCUCUAACACAGUUGGAGCAUCAGUGGGAUGAGCUACUUUUAUGGACUGCCAAAAUUAGGCACCAUGUAGAUGAUCUGGUCAUGCAGAUGUCCAAAAGGAAUGCAGUUGACCUUGUCUACAGAGCCGAGGAUCAUGCAGCUGAGCUCCAAAGAUUAGCACGUGUGCUGGACAGUGGCCUUGAAAGCGGCAAACAUGUGUCCCUGAAUGCCACCAGUGCAGCCCAUGUCCAUUCCAACAUUCAGAACCUGAUCGAAGAAUCUGAGACACUGGCUAAAGAUGCUCACCAGAUGGUGACUAAGUUCUCAGGAGCCCUUGUUUCUAAUGGGAAAGCGGCUCUGCAGCAGAGUUACAAAUCCCUAAAGGAAGCCAACAACCUCAGCAGAAAGCGCCAAGGGAUCACUUUGAAACUGAGUGAUGUGAAAAGAGCAGCAAACAGAUUUCAAGAGAAUGCUGAUAAAAUUAUUAGGCAGACCAACGACUCACUCUUGAUCCUUAGAGCAAUUCCUGAAGGUGUGAGCGACAUAGGACUCCAAACCAAAGAGCUGGCCACUUCUGCAAAUCAGAAUGCAGUGAGCACACUGAAGGCCGUCAUGGGAUUGAGCCAGAAGCUGUUGAAUACAUCAACUGGCCUGUCCAGAGUCAAUGCCACAUUGCUAGAGACAAAUAAACUUCUCCAGGACUCUACAAUGACCACUCUAUUAGCUGGAAGAAAAGUUAAAGACAUGGAAACACAAGCCAAUGUUUUAUUUGAUCGGUUGAAGCCUUUGAAGAUUUUAGAAGAGAAUCUGAACAGGAAUCUAUCAGAAAUUAAACUGCUGAUCAGCCAGGCCCGGAAACAAGCAGCUUCUAUUAAAGUUGCUGUGUCUGCAGAUAGAGAUUGCAUCCGGGCAUACCAGCCUCCGAUUUCUUCUACCAACUACAAUAACUUAAUACUAAAUGUUAAGACACCUGAACCCGACAACCUUCUUUUCUACCUCGGAAGCAGCUCCAGUUCUGACUUCCUUGCAGUGGAGAUGCGGCGAGGGCAAGUGGCCUUCCUCUGGGACAUGGGCUCUGGGUCAGCUCGGUUGGAAUUUCCAGACUUCCCCAUCAAUGAUGACAAAUGGCACACUAUCCAUAUUACCAGGUUUGGAAACACUGGUUCAUUGAGUGUGAAGGAAAUAAGUUCAACGCAAAAGCCACCACCAAGAACAAUUAAAUCCCCUGGAACAGCUAAUGUUCUGGAUAUAAAUAACUCAACACUAAUGUUCAUUGGCGGACUUGGAGGACAAAUCAAGAAAUCUCCUGCUGUGAAGGUUACUCAUUUCAAAGGCUGCAUGGGAGAGGCCUUCUUGAAUGGAAAAUCAAUUGGUCUGUGGAACUAUGUCGAAAGAGAGGGCAAGUGCCAUGGUUGCUUUGGAAGUCCGCAGGAGGAAGAUGCUUCCUUCCAUUUUGACGGGAGUGGAUAUUCCAUCAUUGAGAAGACACUCCGGACUACCGUGACUCAGAUUAUAAUACUCUUUAACUCCUUUUCACCUAAUGGGCUUCUUCUCUACCUCGCUUCAAAUGGCACCAAAGACUUUUUAUCCAUUGAGCUGGUCCAUGGCAGAGUUAAAGUCACCGUUGACCUGGGUUCAGGGCCUCUUGCUCUUAUAACAGACAGGCGUUACAACAAUGGAACCUGGUACAAAAUCGUCUUCCAGAGAAACCGGAAGCAAGGACUCCUAGCAGUUAUCGAUACAUACAAUACCAGUAAUAAAGAAACCAAGCAAGGCGAGACUCCAGGAGCAUCUUCCGACCUCAAUCGUCUAGAAAAGGAUCCAAUUUAUGUGGGUGGAUUACCUUGGUCAAGAGUUGUAAGGAAAGGUGUCACCAGCAGGAACUUUGUGGGCUGUAUCAAGAACCUGGAAAUAUCCAGAUCGACCUUUGAUUUACUCAGAAAUUCCUACGGAGUGAGAAAAGGCUGUGUACUGGAGCCUAUCCGAAGUGUUAGCUUCUUGAGAGGCGGCUACGUUGAAUUGCCACCCAAGUCUUUGUCACCAGAAUCAGAAUUACUGGCCACGUUUGUCACCAAGAGCAGCAGCGGCAUCAUUCUGGCUGCCCUCAACAAAGAAGUGGAGAAGCAGGGAUAUCCACAGGCACCUGGGCCCUUCUUUUCCAUCAUGCUGAUUGGAGGCCACGUGGAAGUGCAUGUCAGUCCUGGGGAUGGAACAAGUCUGAGAAAAGCCCUGCUGCACGCUCCUACGGGCACAUUCAGUGAUGGACAAGAGCACUCCAUCUCCAUGGCUAGGAAUCAAAGAAUCAUCACUGUCCAAGUGGAUGAGACUAAUCCUGUAGAAAUGAAGUUGGGUCCUUUAGCAGAAAGGACGAUAAACAUAUCCAACCUGUACAUAGGAGGAAUUCCGGAGGGUGUGGAGACCUCGGUGCUUAAAAUGAGAAGAUCAUUCCAUGGCUGUAUCAGAAACCUGAUCUUAAACAUGGAGCUUUUGGAUUUCACUAGUGCUAUUGGCUAUGAGAGUGCAGAUUUGGACACCUGCUUGCUUUCAGAAAGGCCCAGUCUUCACAGAGAGGACAGCGAGCUCGUACCAGUGCCCCAGCCGGUCCCAGAACCAGAACAGUGUGCAGUGGACACAGUUCCAGAGUAUGUUUCCGGUGCCCAUCAGUUUGGCCUCACACAAAGUAGCCACCUCAUGCUGUCUUUCGAUCAGUUGGCUGUCAGAAAGAGGCUCUCCGUUCAACUAAGUAUACGGACGUUCGCUGCCAGCGGGCUGGUGUUCUACAUGGCCCAUCAGAACCAGCUGGACUAUGCUGUACUCCAGCUCCAUGGAGGCCGCCUGCAUUUCAUGUUCGACCUUGGUAAAGGCCGGACAAAGGUCUCUCACCCCACGCUGCUCAGCGAUGGCAAGUGGCACACGGUCAAGACAGAGUAUUUUAAAAGAAAAGGCUUCAUGACUAUCGAUGGCCAAGAAUCCCCUAUGGUGACGAUGGUGGGAGACGGAAUCACGUUGGAUGUGGAAGGGAAACUAUACCUAGGAGGCCUUCCUUCCAACUACAGGGCCCGGAACAUUGGGAACAUCACACACAGCAUCCCUGCCUGCAUUGGAGAGGUGAGAGUUAACAGCAAACAGCUGGACAAGGACAGCCCAGUGUCUGCCUUUGCAGUAAACAGGUGCUAUGCAGCGGCCCAGGAAGGAACUUUCUUCGAAGGAAGUGGAUAUGCAGCUUUUGUCAAAGAAGGUUACAAAGUGCGUUCAGACUUGAACAUCACACUUGAGUUCCGCACUACCUCAGAGAAUGGCGUUCUGCUGGGGAUCAGCAGUGCCAAAGUGGAUGCCAUUGGACUGGAGAUGGUAAAGGGCAAGCUCUUGUUCCAUGUUAACAAUGGUGCUGGGAGGAUAACGGCCACAUAUGAGCCCAAAGCUACUCUCUGUGAUGGAAAAUGGCACAUGCUUCAUGCCAACAAAAGCAAACACCGUGUGGUUCUGACUGUCGAUGGCAAUGAAGUUCAUGCUGAGAGUCCACACACUCAGUCCACCUCUGCAGAUACCAACAACCCCAUUUAUGUUGGUGGCUACCCCGCUAAUGUAAAGCAAAACUGCCUGAGCAGCCAGACCCCCUUCCGGGGCUGUUUGAGAAAACUGACUCUGAUCAAGAGCCCACAGGUGCAGUCCUUUGACUUCAGCAGAGCUUUUGAGCUCCAAGGAGUCGUCCCUCAUUCCUGCCCUGGGAUGGAGACAUGAAGUUAAGGCACAAGCCUUGGUUGGAAUCAUUGCUGAUAUUUGGAGGAGAAUUAUUUUUGUCAAAAAUCUCUUCAGAUUUCAUUUCCAACUCAGGUUCAGUGUUUCCAGAGAGAUAUAUUACAUUAAUGUUAAACUAAAAGCAUAUGUACAACAGAUACCUCUAUUAAAUAGUCUAAAAUGUAAAUUGAAAUC